AUGAAGAGCUCGGGAGGAUCUCAAAAUGACGAAAACACAUUUGAUACUUAUCCAUUAACUGGUUUAGAACAUCAUAAUCAAAUAUCAGCAAACUCUAUUGAAAUUGCAAAACAGUCUGAAUUAGCAUUAAUGGUAUCCAAACAAUUAUUAACGAAAAAUUAUAUUAAAAUUGCAGCAGCAAGACUUAUUGAAUACGGUGAUGUUCGUCCCUCACCUACUAUAAAAACAUUAUCAAAAUUAACAGCACCAACUCAAAAUUGUCCGUUUAAGAAAAAUAUUAAAUGUAAUAUACAAGAGAAGUAUCGAACAAUCGAUGGAUCGUGUAAUAAUAUAAAGAGACCGUGGCUAGGCAAGUCAAAUACACCAUUUAAACGAUGGUUAACACCGUUCUAUGAUGAUGGAUUGGAUUCACCACGUUUAUUGGGAAUAUCGGGUCGUUUACCAAAUGCCAGACACAUUUCACUUACCGUUCAUCGUUCAAUGACAUCAAAAAUAAUUGUUGAACAAAAUGCGACUAAUUUGUUUGUUAUAUUUGGACAAUUUAUUGCACACGAUCUUAUUUCAACAGCUGCUGGAACAGAUAUAAAUGGAAGAUCUGUAAGAUGUAUAUGUAACAAAAUUAAUAGACUUUGUAUAAAUAUUCCAAGACCUAACAAUGAUACAUUGAAUAUUGAUCAAAAGUGUAUGGUUGUGGCAAGAAACGCUGCUAGCUUUCCGACUGUAGACUGUAAAUUAGGACAUCGCGAACAAUUAAAUUUAAUAACAGCAUAUUUAGAUUUAUCGCAAGUAUAUGGUUCAAAUCAGCAUACUACCAAUGAUUUGCGACUAUUUAAAGGCGGUCAAUUAAAAGCAACAAAAUUUCAGAAUCGAACUUAUCUCUCACAUUUAUCAUUAAACUCUUGUAUGGAUGAUAAACAAGGACAAUUAUGUUUUAAAAGUGGAGAUGGUCGUACAAAUGAAAAUAUGGGAUUAGCUUCAUUACAUACAAUGUUUCAUCGUGAACAUAAUAGAAUAGCACAUAAAUUAAGUCAAAUAAAUUCAAUGUGGAAUGAUGAACUAUUAUUUCAUGAAACAAGACGAAUUGUUACAGCUCAAUAUCAACAUAUUAUUUAUAAUGAAUGGUUACCAGUACUGUUAGGUAAAAGAAUCUGGAUAAACACUGAUUUAAAACCAUUAAUAAAUGGAUAUCAUAUGAAGUAUGAUGAAAAAAUUGAUUCAAGUAUUUCUAAUGAAUUUGCUACAGCCGUAUUUCGAUUUGGUCAUUCCAUGGUGACAUCAACAAUGUCCAAAGUGACAUACCGAUAUUUUCUGUAUAAAAAUUUAACAUUUUCAAAUAUAUCAUUCAGAAAUAAAGAAGCCUAUUUAGAUAAUGGUUUAGAUGGAAUAUUGUUGGGAAUGGUGACAGAUCAUGGUGAAAAAUCAGAUGCUAUUAUGACAAAACAAAUACAACAACAUCUAUUUGAAACCAAGGAUGUUAAUAGUCAAACAAAAAGAUUUGAUUUGGCAGCAUUGAAUAUAAUUCGUGGACGAGAUCACGGUAUUGGACCCUACAUUGCAUAUCGUCGAUUUUGUCGUUUAUCAGUGCCAAAAUCAUUCAGUACACUUAACCAUUUGUUGAAAGUUUAUAAAAAUGUUGAAGAUAUCGAUUUAUUUACGGGAUUAUUGACAGAAAAUCCCUUGCCAAACGCAAUUGUCGGUCCUACAUUGGGUUGUUUAUUAGCCAGACAAUUUCAAGAUUUAAAACGUGGUGAUCGAUAUUUUUAUGAAAAUGGUCAGUUUGACUUAAUUAAAUUCACAACUAAUCAGUUAAAUGACAUACGUACCGUUUCAUUAUCAUCUAUUUUAUGUAAUACAAUACCCGAUCUAUUGACUAUACCGACGAGAUCAUUUUUAUUAAAUACAAAAACAAUGAAUUGUCAGAAAAUAAAAAAAUUGAAUCUUUUUCACUGGAAAACUUGA